AUGGCGGCGAGCCUGUGGCGAGCGGUGAUGGGCACCGGCGCCCCGCCCGCGGACGCCACGGACGGCAUCGAGUUCUGGCGCGAGCCGGAGCGCGGCGGGUGGCUGGACAAGCAGGGCGAGUACAUCAAGACGUGGCGGCGGCGGUGGUUCGUGCUCAAGCAGGGGAAGAUCUUCUGGUUCAAGGACUCGUCCGUCACGCGCGCGUCCGUGCCCCGCGGCGUCAUCGCCGUCGCCUCCUGCCUCACCGUCAAGGGCGCCGAGGACGUGCUCAACCGCAAGUUCGCCUUCGAGCUCUCCACCCCGGGCGAGACCAUGUACUUCGUCGCCGACUCCGACAAGGAGAAGGAGGACUGGAUCAACUCCAUCGGCCGCUCCAUUGUCCAGCACUCCCGAUCCAUGACCGACGACGAGAUCGUCGACUACGACAGCGGCCGCCCCGCGGCCGGCGGCAAAUCAUAG